GCGGUGGCUGUUUCUACCGACGGAAGUACCGCUAAUCCGUCUACAUCACUGAUCACCGCUCAAUGUCCGGUUCGGCAGUCGCAUUUGUGGCAUCAAGAACCUGUCAACGACCACAUCUAUCCCUGUCCAUGACUACCGAUGGCACUUUCAGAUUGCUCCGAACGGCGUGCAACGGUGGCCCAGGCCGGCUCGUGCCCAAUCGCUCAACGGAAGCGACAUGUCCAAAAUUCCACUGCGACCUCGCUUUUGCGGGGAACAUCAGGUGCCACGAGCACGAGCGCCAGAGCUCGUGGGUGCUCAUACCGUUGAUCACUGCCGCAAUGCACGAAGGGACCCAGUUCGUCUGCUAGAUCGACUACCACGCGCCUGGGUCCAUGGUCGGUAGGCUCGACGCAUCCCAAUAAAAAGGUAAGGGUGCCCUAGACGCGAGCUGCUGGGUCUUUCUACUUCCCAGCUCCCCUUCCUUCCUGAUCUCACAGCCGGGUUGCCAACUGCUUCGCACAUAUUCCUUGGGGCCUCUCUCUCAGAGCCUUGCAAGCAUGGAUUCCAAAGAGAUCACCGAGAAGCCUAUCACAGGCGUCACCCCUCCGGACGCCGUGCAUUCGGCCUCCUCCAAAACGUCGACCAGCGACGAGAAGCCCACCGUCACCACGGCCGAAGAGAUUACCUCUGAGAAGCACAAUGAUAUCAAUACCCAUUAUGACCCCGCGCUCGCCCCUCGAUAUACCAAGGAAGAGGAAGAUGCCGUCAUCCGCAAGCUCGACUGGCACCUGAUGCCUCUCAUUUUUGUCCUGUACUCCCUGUCCGUCCUCGACCGCUCCAACCUGGGCAACGCCAGGAUUUCCGGUAUGGAGAAGGACAUUGAUCUCAGUGGGAAUCGAUAUGAUUGGUUGGGAACUGCUUUCUACAUCAGCUAUAUCCUCUCGCAAUGGACGCAAAUGGGCUGGAAAGCCUUUCCCCCUCACGCCUGGGUUGCCUUCGUCGUCUUCGGUUGGGGCGUGGUUUCCACCCUGCAGGCAGCAUGUUCGUCCUGGGCGGGCGUGAUGGUCUGCCGAGUUAUUCUCGCUAUCUUUGAGGCUGCCUAUGGUCCCGGCGUCCCAUUAUACCUCUCCUUCUUCUAUCCGCGCGAAAAACUCGGUCUGCGAACCGGCAUCUUCCUGAGUGGCUCUGCCGCCGCCAACGCCUACGGCAGCGCUCUCGCGUACGGCAUUGCACAAGCAAAAUCGUCCAUCGGACCUUGGAGAAUUCUGUUUAUUGUCGAGGGCGCUCCUACUUGUCUCCUGGCCAUCGUGGCGUGGUUCUGGCUGCCAGACUCCCCUGCCCACUGCAAGUUCUUGUCAGAGAGAGACAAGGAGAUUGCUGUGGAUUUAUCUUUGAGACAGCCUGGAGACAGGACAGGAAACAAAGGACUUCAGUGGAAACAGGUAUUGGGCGGAUUGAUGGAUUAUCGAUCCUACCUUCCACCUCUCAUGUAUUUCGGCUGCAACGUCUGCUUCGCCUCUCUCCCGCUCUUCGUUCCUACCAUCAUCAGCGAGAUGGGCGCCUUCUCCACCAUCCAGUCCAACGGUCUCUCCGCUCCGCCAUAUGUGUUCUGCUUCCUUGCAAUCUGCGGCACAGCCUUUAUUUCUGACCGCUUGAACAUGCGCGGCAUCUUCGUCGCCGUCCCUGCAUUGAUCGCGGCGGUCGGGUACAUCAUCCUGGGCACCACCUCAGGGGUAGCGCCGCGAUAUUUCGGGCUUUUCCUCGCCGUCCUCAUCUUCGUCUCCGUGGCAAUGACCUUAACCUGGGUGGGUAACACUCAUGCCACGGACAGCAAGCGCGCCGUGGCCUUGGCUAUUUUGGCCACGGGUGGCCAAUGCGGUCCCGUGCUGGGUACGAACAUUUUCCCCAAAAGCGACGCACCAUAUUACCGCAAAGGCAUGUGGAUUUCAUGCGGUGCGUGUUUGAUUGUCGUGGUCACCAGCGUGAUGCAGAUGGGCCUGCUGAUCCGGGCGAACCGGAAGCGGGACAAGAAGUACGGCCGCGAGAGGGAGACUGUGCACCUGGAGGAGCCCACCCAGUUUGGCAACGAUAAGCAGUUUAGAUAUAUGGUCUAAGACACAAAGUCAAGAGAUCGAUGGUGAAGUGAACUUUGACGGAGAGCGUUGAAGGCAUCAGGAGAGAGCACAAAGUGGAAGGAUGGAAAACAAGUCGUCGGGCACAUCGAUAUGCCUUUGUUCCAUGAAGCUGAAAGCUAAGAUACCAGGUUGAAAGGGGUUUAAAGAUGCAGACAAUGCAGAUGCAAGAAGAACCAGAAAAUGUUGAUGCAGACUAUCAGAUUCUCUCGCCUUAUAAACGUGAAUGAUGCGUCUGAAAUCAAGAGAUUGGAAGCAAG